GCGCCAAGCUCCGGGCGCGGCGGAAGGCCCGGGCGCCGAGGCUGCCCUCCCCCGGCCGGCGGGGGCACGCUCCCCGCUCCGGGUCCGGCGACUCCCAGGUCUCCGGCUCGGCUCGGCGCGCCCCGGAGUCCCGCUUUGCGCCCUGGCUAGCGCGGACUGCGGCGGGGGGCGCGCGGCCGUCGAGUCCCGCUGUCCCCACUGCUGAGCCGCGGUUCCCGCUUUCCCGGUCCCUCUCCUCGGUACCCCCACUUCGCCCCCGCGCUGCGGCCCCCUGUUCCCCCAAUCCGCCCCGCGGCAUGCUGCGCGCACUGCUGCUGGCCGCGCUGUGCCUGGCCGGCGGGCCGGGCCCCGGCGGCGGAUGCCAGCUGCCGUCCGAGUGGAGACCCCUGAGCGAGGGCUGCCGCGCCGAGCUGGCCGAGACUAUCGUGUACGCCCGGGUGCUGGCGCUGCACCCGGAGGGGCCCGGCCUGUACAACCACCUGCCGUGGCAGGACGCGGCGGGCGCGGCGGGGCUGCUGUACGCCGCCGAGGUGGAGAUGCUGUGCGACCAGGCGUGGGGCAGCAUGCUCGAGGUGCCCGCCGGCUCCCGCCUCAACCUCUCCGGCUUGGGCUACUUCUCGUGCCACUCGCACACCGUGGUGCAGGACUACUCCUACUUCUUCUUCCUCAGGAUGGAUGAAAAUUAUAACCUCUUGCCUCAUGGAGUCAAUUUCCAAGAUGCCAUCUUUCCAGACACUCAAGAGAACAGAAGGAUGUUCUCCAGCCUUUUCCAGUUUUCAAACUGUUCUCAAGGGCAGCAGCUGGCACCUUUCUCCAGUGACUGGGAGGUCCAGGAGGACAAUAGGCUCCUGUGCUCCUCGGUGCAGAAAGCCCUCUUUGAGGAGGAGGACCGCGUCAAGAAGCUGCAGCAGAAGGUGGCCACGCUGGAGAAGAGGAACCGGCAGCUGCGCGAGCGCGUCAAGAAGGUGAAGCGAUCCCUGCGGCAGGCGCGCAAGCACGGCCGCCACCUGGAGCUGGCCAAGCAAAAGCUGAGCGCGCGGCUGGCUGCUCCCGCGGGCCUGGGGCCCCCCAACAAUGCCCCCUGCUUCUGGGGCUAGGGCAGGGCCUCGGGGGCGGGGACGGAGGGGUAACCGGGGACUGAGAUGGCGGUCGCUUUGCAUAUGUACCUUCUUUCCCAUCUUGUGGGAGACUUUUCUUUGGCACUUGGGAGAGUCUCGUUUGUUGAAAUGGCACGUCUUGCUGCCAUUCGCCACCUGCUGCUGGCCCCACUGGCCUCAGCAUCAGACGCCACUCUGCCCUUCCCAGCUGGGCCAGGUGAGCUGAGCUGGGGGAAAGCACAGUUAUUGCGGAAAGGACAUUUUAGAGCCUCCAGAUGUCCCAGAGAUCGAGGGGAUCAGCCUGCAUUUCACAAGGGCCAGUGUGGCUCAGACUGGGAUCUGCAGCGCAUCCUCGAGGCUUCCAGUGUCCCAUAUCUGCAUCUUGGGAAGGAGGGCAGUGGGGCAGCCAAGCACCCAAGGAUGCCCGGAACAGAACCUGUGCCCAGGCUCAUGGAGACCAAAUGAGCUCAUUCCAGGGCCAGACACGGAGCUGGGAGUGGGGCUGCCGGUGGUGAAACGAGAUGAAUUGUACCUGAUUUCCAACACCAGCUGUCCAGGGUGGACCACGAUACCUUGGGGUCUAUCUGAUCUCCAGGGGGUUGAUUUACCCUUCUGGACCUGCCUUAUUUCAUCAAGCCAGUGAUUGAGUGGGAGACCCCUGGCCAGCAACCCAGACACUGCUGCGUUCUGAUUUGUUCGCUCAGUCAUUCCUUCCAACCUCUCCACAUUUGAGGCGAGCGGGCCUCUUUCUGUUCUGUGAGGCCACCUCCUUACACGUUGGGGGCCAGUUACCUGACCCCAUUCCCAACUGGACCUAAAGGUCUUGCUCCAGACAUUCUGAUCUGCGUCUGUUUUUUGUUGUUGUUGUUGUUGUUAUUUGUUUGUUUUUGCAAAUGCUCCCCCUCACCAGGACUGCGUAUCCAGCAUGGCAACAAUAUCUGCACAUUGCUCCACUCACCAUUAAGUCAGCUCCCAGACUCGAUCCUAGCAUUUCACCCUCUUCGAAAAGAAAACUGAAGACAAGACCACAAGUGAAAAGGAGCGUGUCCCUGUACUUUCCACUCCAGGCCUUGACUUGGCCACAGGUGACAAAGUCCCAGCUGCCUUACGAAGAAGUCAGCCAUGUGCUGUCUCCGGGUUAUCUUCUGAUGAUGACCCUGCAAACUGAUGCACACCCUUCUGCUGAGAGAAGCCACUGUCCCCUCCCUGGGAUCUGCCACCCAGAGAUCCCUUGCCUGGCUGUGCCCUGUCAGAAGUGGCAGCCAUGCUCAGCUCUCCAUUCUGCCUUUAGAAAGCCAUGAGCUGUGUGCUCCAGCAGCUGGUGUGGGGGGGAAGCCUGUGUUCACUCGCGGCCUGGCGCAGGCUGCCGCCCAGAAGGUGGGUGUGCCAUCGAGAACUGGGGAAGAGGCUGCAUCUUGCACUGGACAGAGUGCCAAGGUUUUCCCAGGCACUCACACAUCCCAGCUUCCACCUCCACUUUCUGAGAUGCCUCCUUCCAGGCUGGUGCCAUGGAAGUGUGUCCUCUUGGGUGUGCCGGGUUCUGCACCCUGCCCCCCAUCCCCCAAAGGGAAUGCCAAGCCUGAGGGUGACUUCCAGCAAGUGCUGGGGGAACCCUGGAAGCUGGACCCUGCCAACACCCCCCUGCUCUGCUUUUCCAAUAAAUACGGGCAGUACUUCCAAACACAGUA